AUGUUUGGUCUGGGUGCCUCUUUUGUCAGUCUACCGUGUAUUGGUGCUCCGCAACAAUGGUUUUCAGAACGAAGAGGUUUGGCGAUUGGUUUAGCCAUGUCAGGUUCUGGUAUUGGUGGGCUUGUGAUCAACAACAUCAGUAUUGCUUUGAUCCGUUCACUUGGCUACCGAUGGGCUCUUCGUAUUGUCGGCAUUAUCGUGUUUGUCUUCUUGGUCUUUGCUUCGUUUGUAGUCCGACCCUUUGGUGAUGUAGUGAAGACGGGCGGUGGAAGAAAGCUUUUCAAUUGGUAUCUUUUCAAGAACCCUAUGUUUAGUGUAUUGUUUGCGCACGGUGUGAUUACUACGUUUGGUUACAUGACACCUUUCUUCUUGUUGCCUUCCCAUGCGAACGCGCUUGGUUUGAAUCCUUGGAUUGGUGCCAAUUUAUCCGCCAUCAUGUCAGCUAUUAAUGCAGUCGCAAGAGUGUUUACAGGACACAUGGGGGAUCGCUUGGGUCGCUUCAACAGUUUGUUCAUCUGUACGUUCCUCGCCGGCAUCAUGUGUUUUGCAGUUUGGGUCAAUGUGCACAAUGCAGCUUCUCUUUGGGCCUUUGCUGUCUUGUAUGGUUUCUGUGGAGGCGGCUAUAUUGCUUUAUUCCCCACCGUUCAACCUCAAAUUGUCGGUCUAGAGCAUAUUGGUCCUGCCAUUGGUUUAUUAUAUGCCACGAAUAUCUUUGGCUAUUUGUUUGGUACACCUAUCGCUUCCGUUCUCAUCAAUCUUACAAAACCACCCAAUUACGUGAAUGGUGCCCUUUGGGCAGGUAGCACGAUUGUUCUUGGUGCAUUGCUCGCUGGUGUGCUACGUAUCAUGAAGGGAGGUUGGACUUUAGCCAGAGUCUAG